AUGUCUCUGGACGAAUCCUCGGUCCUCAUGGACCGUGCUUUAGUGACCAUGUGUCAAGAUUUACCCGAGUCUUUGGGACUUUAUAAUACGGACAAGGAUCAGUUCUCACUUGGAGCUCUUCGUAGUGUCCCAUUAUUGGAACAUGUGCGUCCAUCUACACGGAAAUUCGUGUUAAUUCGUGAUUGGAUGCGUGCAUUUGGACCGGGAGAAGAUCAACCGCUUCAUAAAGAGAUUACGAUUGAAUUAUUAAAGGAGACAAUUGAACAAGAACGUAAAGAACGGGAAAAGGAAUUACAGAGUGAAGAAGCGAUGCAGAAAAGGGUAAAAAGAGAUGAGAAGAAGAAGAAGAAGGAGAAGGAGAAGAAGAAGAAGGAAAAGGAGAUUUUGGAGAAGAAGGAGAAGAAGAGAAAUUGUAUGGAAGAAAAGAAAACUAGAGGUAGAAAACGUCGUCAUGAAGUUGAUAGUGAUGACAGUGAAGUGAUGAUUGACGAGUCGAGCAGUUCAAGUGAUGAGUCGUUGUCAGAGACGUCGUCGUCAUCGAGUGAUUCGGAUACGACUCGUCGAGUCAAGAAACGGACAAAAACAUCGGGGAAUUUACCACCAAUUGAAAUGAUAUUGAGCUCAGAUGAGGAUGAAGAACCAAACGAUAUGUUUGAUACGGACGAUCCCGAUGUGUAUGAGGUGGAAAAGAUUCUAAGAAAGAAAAAAGGAGAGACGUACGGUGAACAAGAUUUGUAUGAAGUCAAGUGGGAAGGAUACGAAGAGACGACGUGGGAACCAGCGAGUAAUAUUUCCAAGGACUUGAUUGAUGAGUUUGAGGGUCAACCAGUACGAGAGGAUGUGUACACGGUAGAAGAAAUCAUUGAUCGUCGCAAUAAGCGAGACGCCAAGACGAGACUCAAGACACACCAAUACAAGGUCAAGUGGGUCGGAUACGAUGAUCUCACGUGGGAGCCCGCAGAGAAUCUGCCGCACAACUUGCGACGAAAGUUUGACCAACAGUAUGAAAGUCGGAAACGCCGAUGA